AUGAAAUUGAUUUGUUUAAUAUCAUUAAUCUUCAGCAGAACACUGUUAGUUAACAGAGAAGAUGAUGUUAAAUUUGUUAAUUUGGAAACUAAACAUGAUGAUAGUAUUGAGAAAGGCAAAGGAAGAGGCCAGCUUGAUGAUCUAAACAUUGAGUUAAACAAUGAAGAAGAAAUGAAGAAAUUUCAUCUAGUUUCUAUGAUACCUGAUGUGCCCGAAGGAAUGGGACAAGUAUCUAAGAUUAUUGAGAAUUUUGUGACUGAUGAAAUAGUUGAAAUGAAGAAAGGAGAAAGAUUUUUCUUAAUUUUUUUUGUAGAUGAGAAAACAGCUUUACUACCAGCUGAACAUGUUAAUAAUGAUAUGAAGAUUUUUAUUUCUACAGACAAAAAACUUGCUGAAGAAAUGAAUACACCAUUUCCUGGUGUUUAUGGAUUUAAUCCAAGAGAUAAAGUAUCUUAUCAAUUUCAACUUAAUGAAGAAACUGUUAAAACAAUAUCUUCAAUUGUUAGUUUAGAUCUUAUUGGUGUUCUUUCAUAUGAGAAUUUGGAAGCUUACAGGGCUACUGGAUUGCAUUCUUACUAUGUGUUUAUCAAGCCAGAAGAUAUCCCAUCAUUUCUUUAUAAUUUUAAGUCUACAGCCACGAAAGUUAAGCAUUUGGGAAAAUUUUGUAUUAUUCCUUACAAAGGUGAUAGGGAACAAUUAAAAGUUUUUGGAAUGACGGAAGAAGAUUUGCCAGGGUUAUUGUUUAUCAAUAAUGGAGAGAAGUAUCCUUUGAAGAAGUGUACAGAAAAUGAUAUUGUGAAAUUUGUUCAGGAUGUUUUAGAUAAAAAGUUAGAACCAGUUUAUUCUUCACAGGACGAACCAGAAAAUAAUAAUGAACUUAAUGUAAAAGUUAUCACUAGAAAUAAUCUUGAAAACUUUAAAAAUGAUAAUACUAGAGAUAGGCUGCUUAUUUUUAGUUCACCCGGAUGUUCGUAUUGCAAUCAAUUAAGACCUAUUUUAGAAGAAAUAGGAUCAGUUAUUAAAACUAAUGCCAAUGACAAACUUGCCAUUGGAGCAUGUGAUAUAACGAUUAACGACAUUAAUGGAUUUGAUAUCUCAUCUGUACCUAAGAUUUAUCUUAUAAAAGGAAAAACAGGGGAAAUUAUUUUGUUUGAAGCAAAAGAACGAACUUUUAAUACUUUAGCCGAAUUUAUUAAUUUAAAUGGAGAAUUUAAAGUAGAUUUAAAAUCGUUUAUUAAAAUUGAGGAAGAAAAAGUGGAAACUCCUGUUUCUGAUAUUGAGGAGAAAAAACCUGCUGAAAGUAUCCAAUCUGAUCGAGGGUUAUAA